AUGGACGCCUUCCCUCGCAUCACCAGCACAGAGCUUGCUGUGACCCACAAGCUGUUCGAAGCAGACCUGCAAAAUCUCGUCAAGAAGAUACAGAGAUAUGACGUGGACAUCAUGGUGGUGUUUGACCCGGCAAGGGGGAGGGAAGGGCCGGAGGCAUCGCCAGAUCGAAUGCUCAAGGCGCCUCCGCUGGAUCAGCAUAAAGGCUAA